AUGACGUGCAAAAUCGCAAUAAAAAAAUAGAAUAAAAUAUACAUCAAUAUUUUUCUAUCUUUUUCACUUUUUAUUGCUCCAUUUUUUUGAGCUUCUUCCGCUCUCGAUAUGGUACCAGAAAAAUGGAAAUUUCUAACUGAAACCUGGUAAAAAUCGUCUUCUUCUGUUUAAUCUUAAAAUAUUAUAAUUAGACCUCAAUGCGUUAUAAGUAUAGUAAAGUAAAAAGAAAGAGCGGAAAAGUCUUGCAUUACGAUCAAAAUCAAAGUGCUUUACAAGUUUUAGCGAAUUCUUGAAACGUAUCGGAAUCUUCUUAUGAAUAAGUUGGAAGUUACAGAUUUGCCAUCAUUGCGUGCGACGGCCUGUGGAAGACGUUCAGCAACGAGGAGGCCGUUCAGUACGCCAGUGCUCAGUUUGAAGCCGUCGCAAAGGUGAUUCGAAGCUUCUUUGUCUGAAAACAAGCUAGAGAAAAGUCCAGUUGGAACAAUUUUGAAAUUAUAUCGCGAAAUGCACAACAACAUCUUUAAAAAAUUGAGCCUACAGCGAAAUAUCGACUUCAAAGCGCGCAACUUCAACUUUUUGAACUUAUUCGGGAAAUUUUUAAUUUGAAGUUUUCGCGCAUAAAAAUCAUAUCGUUGUAGGACCCAAUGUUUCGGAUGGCUCCUGAACUUCCGAUUUUGCGUAUUUCGUGAAUUAGUUCUAAACGAAAGAGGCUUCAACUUUCAAACCGCCGAAAUUACUUUGAAAACACGGUAUAAGGUGUGGGCGGAGCGGUCGCGAUGCGUUUUGGCGCCAAUUUGAAAAAAAUAUCACUAUAGUAAAAAAAUCUUUGAGGGAAGGGGGGUGGAUGGGUACUCUUAUUUCUGAAAUGCUUAAGAAUUAUUAUCAAAAUUGCCUUUGAUGGAAAUAUAACCCGUUCCGCCCCAGCUUGUCUCUGCAAAAAGAUCGUAUACCUAAUCUGACAAAAAAACUUCGCUUCAAGAUCUGCGUUUUUUGCAGUUUUGUAGAGCUGGGUUUACGGUAGCUUUUUUGUGCUGUGCUUGUAAAACGUGACCGUUUUGCGCGGAACACAUUCGAAGUCUAUUCUAUCACCAGAAAACUUAGAGACUCAAAAAGGCUGAAAUUUAAAAAGUGGUGCCAAAAAUGCAUCGCGACUUUUUUCGAGAAAUGAAAAAUGAACAAUGAUAGGUGAUUUGGAAACAAGCUUCAAACCGUUUUCGUCCAAUUGCUUAUCAAUAUCGUUGCGUAAUCGUCGGUUUCCACACGUAUGUGUUGAUGAAUCUCACAAAAUCGGAAGGGUGCAAAAUGUGACACAUUCCACGGCGGCGUGACUCGUGUUUCGCUGAAAACUUCUCUUUGAACUUGCACGUCCUUGACUUGACCACGUUGUUAUCAUUUCGUCACGUUGGUGAUAGUGAUUCGGUUAAUUGAGGUGUAGGUCAUUUUUUCUCGCCUUAGUAGUCGAAAGUCUUCCUAAAAUUUAUGACUGAUUUUACGCUUGAAAAACGACGAGGAGAAUAAAUUGUGGUUCUUAAUGGAAAAAAAUUCCUGUAAAAAAUUUUCCAUAAUGAAUUUAAGAUUUAUCCGACAGAAUGCGACUUUUUAUUCUAAUCAACUUAUGAGACAACUAAAAUGAAAAUAACGUCAUUCGAAAACGCUCUGUGGAUGGCUCGCUCCCUGAUUGGUUUAUCGCGCUAAUAGGGGCGGAGCUUGAGCGCUUAGUUGACAUUCAAAACCUAAAAAGACUUUGAUUUCACUCCGAAAGUAGGAACCUCUGUGCCAUUUGAAGUAUACGUCACUAGGCCUUCACGAUAGACGAUUCCAAUUUUGCCGAAUUUUCACCUCGUUAUCGAUUUUCCUCUUCCAGGAAGAACUGCCCCGUCAACUGGGCGAGACUCAGGAGCACGCGAAAUGGCGAACUGUGGCAGAACGACUGGCGGCAGAAGCCGUCCGUCGGAAGUGCGGCGACAACGUCUCCGUCCUCCUCGUCAAGCUCUCCAUCGUCUGA